AUGGUUUCCCAAGGACGUGCCCCCGAGGAUCUCACCGCUUCCGCCAUGGAGCACAAGAUCGCUGAGCAGCCAUCCCUGGCUAACGGCAUUACCAAUGGCCACACCAACGGCGCCACGAACGGGCACACGAACGGUCACGCCAAUGGGACCACCAAUGGCCAUGCCAACGGCAUCUCCGCUCUCCCGGCCCUAGACGCUUCCAAGCUGACCAUCACCCGUGCGGACCCUACGGCCCGUGCCGUCCCUGACGAAGCCACGGCCUGCUCCGGCAACGAGACCAUCUGCACCGAUCACAUGAUCACGGCAACUUGGAAGGCGGGCGCCGGCUGGUCGACCCCGGAACUUAAGCCAUACGGCCCGCUUUCCCUCAUGCCAACCGCCUCCGUCCUGCACUACGCAACUGAGUGCUUCGAGGGCCUCAAGGCAUACCGCGGCCACGACGGCGCCCUGCGCCUCUUCCGCCCAGACCUCAACGCCAAGCGAAUGCUCAUGUCCACUCUCCGCAUCUCCCUCCCUGGCUUCGAGCCAGCCGAGCUCGAGAAGCUCAUCCUUGCUCUCAUGGCCAUCGACGGGCCCAAGUGGCUGCCCACAUCCCGGCCCGGGUCCUACCUCUACCUCCGCCCGGCCGUCAUUGGCACGCAGCCCCAGCUUGGAGUCCAGGCCCCUAAGGAGGCCCUACUCUUCAUUACCGCCUCGUUUAUGCCACGUAUGGACCUGCCGGUCGGCGGUAUGAAGCUCCACACCAACCCCGAGGACAUGAUCCGCGCGUGGGUUGGCGGUUUCGGCUACGCCAAGGUUGGUGCCAACUACGGCCCCAGCCUGCUGGCCACCCAGGAGGCCCGGCAGAGAGGGUUUGGCCAGAUCCUGUGGCUGUACGGGCCCGAAGGGUUCUGCACGGAGGCCGGGGCUAGCAAUUUCUUCGUGGUUUGGAGGACAAAGGAGAGCGAGGGGGCGAAGCUCCAGCUGGUGACGGCACCGCUGGAUGACAAACUGAUCCUGGACGGUGUGACCCGCCGCAGCGUGGUGCAGCUCGCGCGCGAGCGGCUGCAAAAUGAGCUUGAGGUUGUGGAGCGCAAGUACACUAUCGACGAGGUGCUCGAGGCGGACCGUGAGGGCCGCUUGGUUGAGGCUUUUGCCGCUGGCACUGCUUUCUUCGUUUGCCCUGUCUCUCAGAUCCGCCACCGCGAUCAGGAUGUGCACAUCCCUAUGAUCAAGGGGGAGAGUGGCCAGUACACGGCCAAGAUCAAGGGAUGGAUGAGCGACAUCAUGUACGGGAACGAGCAACACCCGUGGGGUGUUGUCGUCAACGAGGAAAAGCAGUAG